GUGGAAAGCAUGAGAUCCGAGACUUUGGGAAGGGCUUCUUGCAGGAACUGAAUGAGGAGGCCUACCAGCGAUAUCUGAUGCGAGAGAUGGUCUUCUCAGCUUCCAAGACAUGCGCGGAAGAACUCCAGCACGUUCUGGAGCAAGUUGUUGCUGCAGGGCUGGGCAAAAAGUCUUCUGGAAAGACGGGUCAAAGGGAGAAAGAUGCUGCAAAAUGGGAUGCUGCAACCAAUGAGGAGCGACCAGGUGUUCGACGUUUUCUACCAGAUGGUGAUACGGCGCAGGAUGCAAGCCAGGAGCAGCAAGAUCCGGAGUCUGCAGAGACACCGAUGGAAACAACCGGAGAUCAAGAGGACGAAAGACAAAGCGCUGCGAAGCAAUCAGAUCUCAAUGAGGCGACGCUGAAUCAGAAUGACGAUGCAGAUGCAGAAAAGGUUUCAGAGGCCAAGACACGACUGGCAUUCUUAAAGAUGAGGGAUGCAAUGGAGGCUCGUGACCUGGAGUCGCUUCUGAAACUUGUACCUGGGGCAGAAGCAGCAGCUGUUGAGGAGUCAGAGAUCACCUUGGGUUGGCGCUUGGUGCGUGAGUUGGAACUGGCUGUUUCCCUGAAGAAGCCAGACUUGAAGGAGAUUCGGAUGCGUCUCAGAAAGGCAACGGAAGCCAAGGUGGAGGAAGAGACAUUACGGGAAGCAGCAAGGAAGCUAGCAGCAGCAGAGAUCAGGGAAGGUUGCCGGCUGGAGAAUAUAGAGGCAAGGGCAAUGUGA